GUUUUUUAUGUGUUUUUUUUUGCGAAACCACCAAGUUAUAAAUACUCACUUUAACUAAGAUUUGCAGUUGAAUUACAAUGAAAAGGACAAGCUAAUUGUUUGACAAUUUAUUUGCUGUCUACUACAGAAUAUUUAGAAGAAAAAUGUCAGACGAUUAUGUUUCAAUCGGGACAGCAUUGCCGGCUGUAAAUGAUGAUGAAUUUAUUCCAAAGCCAGUUAGAUAUCAAGAGAUGGUCGCCAAAGAUGAAAAAGGGCGCCGGAGAUUUCACGGAGCUUUCACCGGCGGCUUUUCUGCUGGCUAUUUUAACUCUGUAGGAACAAAAGAAGGUUGGGCUCCUUCUCACUUUAGCUCUUCGAGGGAGAAGCGAGGCGAACUUCCAGCAGCUAGACCCGAAAGUUUUAUGGAUGAAGAAGAUUUUGGAGAACACGGAAUUGCUCCAAGAAAACUAGCUGUAACUAAGAAAUUUGAUACUAAGAAGCGCAAAUCCGAACCAGUAUCGGCAAAUAAAACUGAUUCUCUUCUGCAUGAUUUAAUUGUUCCUGCUCAAUCAUCAAUUGGCGCUAAACUGUUACAAAAGCUCGGUUGGAGGGAAGGUCAAGGUAUAGGACCGCGAAUAAGAAAAAAAGUAAAGAAAACUAAUAAAAUCUACGGCUGUUCAAUGAACCCUCAGAGUGACUCUGAUGAUGACUAUCCAAGCAAUGUGACUUUUGCGCCAAAAGACAUUCCUCCUAUUAAAUUACAACCAAAAGAUGAUGUAAAAGGUUUAGGAUACAAAGGAGUGGAACAAAGCAAUCGUUUUGAACUUUUUCCCGUUCCAUCAAAGGAGGGAACGUCCAGAUCAUCUAAGAAAGGUAUGUUAGGUUCUGCGUUUGGUGUUGGAGCGCUCGAAGAAGAUGACGAUCAACCUGUAUAUGAUUUCGAUACUCUUGAAAAUUAUAAUAGCCAAAUUGGAUCCGAUAAUGAAGAAGAAGAACCACGAAUUCCUACAUUGAAACCGGAUGCUGCUGCCCCAAUGGAUUUUAUUGGAAUUAUGUUAGAGGGAUUUUCAUUGUCAACAAUAAAUGAAACCCAAGUCAAAACAUAUCCACCUCCAGAAAUUCCAAAAGGUUACAGACCUCGCCAACACAUUGUUGAAGUCAAACAAGAGCCUGCCGAAAGAGUUGAAGAGGGGGAAAAGUCUUUGGAAGGGAAACCUGCAGAGAAGACUAAAAUAACAUCUUUAAAUGCUCAUAGUAGAGGGCAUUUGCUUGGUGAAAAACCAGAAAUUAAGUCAGUUUUUGAUAUUAUACCUGAUAAAGAUAAAGCAAAAUUGAGCGAAGCGAUAAAGAAGGUUAAAAAUCAAGGGGAAACUAUUGAGAACAAAUCACGUUUUGAUAUAAAAACUCUUUCUAAUCGUUUUGUUAGUUCGUCUCAGAAAGAUGAUGAUGAAGAUAUAAGCAAAAAAGCUUCUAAAGAAACUUCAUCUAUAUCGAAUAGAUUUGUUACUCCAGCAAAAACUGCUGAAGUAAAGGAAGAAAAAGUUAAAGAUAAAGAAGAGGAGGCAAAGGCGAAAGUAGGUGUAGCUUCUGUGACAGAGCAAAGAAAUUAUGGUAUAGCUUUGUGUGGCGUAAGUUCUUUUAAACCGUUUUCUAGUGAUCCGGAGAAACAAGCUAGAUAUGAAAGAUUUAAAAAAGCAAUUAAUGAAGGUGUAGCAUAUACAGUUGAUUCAUCAAGUCGAAUGACAGAAUGGGAAAUUGACAGGGAAAAAGAAGAGUUUUCUCGAGCAAACCGACUUUAUGUACCUAUGUCGCGGAUGAUGUCGUCCAGGUUCACAACAGCACAGUAUGCUGAUGACGAAACAGAUGUCAAAUUGCCAGAUGCUAAUGAACAGACAGACGAAGAAAAGGCGGUUAAAAUGAAAAUGUUUGGUAGAUUUACAAGAAAAACAUUUGAAUGGCAUCCUGAUCGAUUAUUAUGUAAAAGAUUUAAUGUACCAAAUCCUUAUCCAGACUCCGAUAUCGUUGGUCUUCCUAAUGUAAAAAGAGAUAAAUAUUCUGUGUUUAAUUUACUUUCGUUUCAUGAAGGAGAAUCUCCUGCAACCGUUAAAAGUGAAAGGAAUGUGGAACAGCAAGAAGUUAAAAAGGAGAAGGUAGAAGAAAGAGGAGAAAAAAGUAAAGUUUUACCUUUAACUCUUGCUGUUGAUGUCUUUGAGAAAGACAAAGAAAGACGAGCAAAACAGAAGGAGGUUAAUAUUGCAAAGAACCUCGAAGAAAUUUCUAAUAUAUCUGCAAGUGAUAAAAAUAAAUCUGAGGAGAUGGAAACUGGACAUGAUAGCGUUAAGGAUGAAGAUGAUGAUAUUGAACCACUUCCUCCCCGUCCCCCUAUGGAUCUCUUUGCAUCAAUCUUUGGAGAUGAUGAUGACAAAGAAGACGCCCCUGAUGAAUCGUCAAUCACUCAUACUGUUGACGAAGUUAUGGAAACCUUUGAUAUUCCUGACAUCCAAAAAUCAAAUAAAAAUGAUACCAGUAAUGAAGUGACUAAGGGUGAUAGAACAAGAAUGAUGGAAAAGAGUGCAUUUUCAAAAUUUCUUAUAAAUUCAAAACCAGCAGAGGACAGAAAGAUCCCGGAAGAAAUUAAAAUAGUUAAAGAGCCCGUUGUUUACGAAGGUCCUUCCAGGCCACCACCGUCUCAUAUAUACAAAGCCCCUUCCCCUGAACGAAGAGCAUAUACUGACGGAGAAACUGAAAGUAAGAAACAUAAGAAGAAAAAAGAGAAAAAAAGUAAACAUUCAAAAAAGAAAAAACAUAAAUCUAAACAUUAG